AUGGAAAUGACCAAAGAGAAAUAUAAUCCCAAUCCACGGGAGAAAGCGAAUAUUUUAUCGACUUUAUUCUUCGGAUAUACAUAUGAUGUAUUCAAAAAAGGCUUAUCGAAGACACUGGAAGUUGACGAUUUAUAUAAUCCAUUAAAGAUCGAUAGAAGCAAAAUCUUGGGAGAUAGCUUACAAAGCAACUGGGAUAAGCAGAUAGAAAAAGCCAAGAAAACAAACUCAAAACCAAGUUUACUGAAAGCCAUUUUUAUGACAUUUUGGUUAGAGUAUCUGAAGUUAGGAAUAUUCGACAUAACAACAGAUUUAGUUCUUAGACUAGUCCAACCAAUAAUGCUUGGAAAGCUAUUAGAUUACUUUAAACCUGAAGCACAAGUUUCGAAAAAUGAGGCUCUUAUGUAUGCAGGAAUUAUAGUGGCUAUAGGCGUAUUAAACUUUUUAAUCGGAAAUCAAUAUAUGAUAGAGGGUUUCCACAGUGGCAUGAGAAUAAGAGCAGCCUGUUGUGCUGUUAUAUAUAGAAAGUCCUUAAAAUUGAGCAAAACAGCUUUAGGAGAAACAGCUUCAGGAAAACUAGUCAACCUCUUAUCAAACGAUGUUAGUCGAUUUGAUCUUGUCAGCUUACUUAUUCAUCAAAUAUGGAUCGCACCUGUAUUGUCACUUAUAAUAAUGGGAUUUUUAUACCAGAGAACUGGAUAUGCUGGAGUAGUGGGAGUUGUGGCAGUUUUUGUGAUAGUUCCCAUUCAAACAUAUACUGGAAAGCUAUCUGCAAAAUAUAGAAAACAGACCGCUAUGAAGACAGACGAGAGAGUCAGGUUAAUGGACGAAAUCCUCUCAGGAAUUCAAGUUAUCAAAAUGUACGCAUGGGAAAUACCCUUCAGAAAAGUAAUACGCAUUGCCAGGCGAAAUGAAAUAAAAAUCAUUACAAAAUCUGCAUAUGUGAGAGCUGCAUUUAUGGCACUGAACCUGUUCACAACUAGAUUGGCGUUAUUCUGUACUUUGCUGACUGUUAUUUUGUCGAAAGAACAAAUUACAGCCUCUAUGGUUUUCGUUGUAAUGUCUUACUUUAACGUUCUUUCAAUGGCUAUGUCCACCAUGUUUACUAGAGGAGUAUCAGAAAUAGCAGAAUGUUUGGUAGCUGUUCGAAGAAUUAGAGAUUUCCUUCUAAACGAAGAAUACGAUCCAAACAGAUCAACUUCUGGUAUGAAUGGCAAUGUCAAAAGUGUCGACGAUUUUAAGGAAAUUAUUAGCUUAAAAAAUUUGACUGUAAAAUGGAAUUUAAGUUUCAGCGACAAUGCUCUAGAGAAUAUAAAUUUAAAUGUUCCAGAUGGGCAGUUAAUAGGAAUUAUUGGACCUGUAGGUAGUGGAAAGAGUUCAUUAUUGCAAACCUUACUAGGUGAACUUGACAUUACCCAAGGCGACAUGAGAGUACAAGGUCAAAUCUCUUAUGCUUCCCAGGAACCGUGGGUAUUUGCAGCAACUGUUCGUCAAAACAUUCUUUUCGGUGAAGAAUAUGACAAAAAGAGAUACCAAGAAGUUAUACAAGCUUGCUCUUUAGAGAAAGAUUUUGAACAGUUUCCAAAUGGCGAUUUAACUCUAGUAGGUGAUAGAGGAUCAUCUUUGAGUGGCGGUCAGAAGGCUAGGAUUAAUUUAGCAAGAGCCGUGUAUAGAGAAGCAGAUGUUUAUCUCUUGGAUGAUCCGUUAUCCGCUGUAGAUAUACAUGUUUCCAAACAUUUAUACGAAAAGUGUAUUAACGGUUAUUUGGGAAGCAGAACGAGAAUUUUAGUUACCCAUCAAGUACACUAUUUGAAGGAUGCUGACAACAUCAUUAUUUUAAAUAAUGGACGCAUCGAAGAUGAAGGAACUUUCAACCUUUUGGCAAACAGUGACAAUGUGUACGCAAAACUCUUAACUGCUGAACCAGAAAAUAAGGAAGAGAAGAAACCAGACAGAUCGAAAUAUUGUAGGCAACUAUCACAAAGAAGUCGAAAGGAUUCAAUGUCAAGUAUAAUAAGUGAAUUAAGUAUAGCGGAUACUCUUUUAUCAAAUGAUAAUGACUUUGAGGAAGGGGAAGCUGAAAAAGAACAAGAGUUUCAAAUCAAAGACCUUCAGGAACAAUCAUCAAAAGGAAAAGUGGGUGGUUCUUUGAUGUUUAAAUACAUGUUAGCAGGUUCUAAUGUAUUUGCUGUUCUACUAUGCGUUAUAUUAUUUCUAGGUACUCAGAUAGCUGCUAGUGGGACGGAUUACUGGGUCAGCUAUUGGGUCAAUGUAGAGGAAUUCAGGAACUCGACUGAAUCUUUUAAUAUUACUGCGCCUAGGUUUAUUAUUCCCUCCAUCGAAUUGACAACAGAUAAUUGCCUUUACAUAUAUUCAGUUAUCUUAGGAGCUCUUUUUGUCCUUGCUAUGACAAGAUCUUUCUUCUUUUAUAAAAUGGCCAUGUUGAGCUCUCAAAAACUUCAUGGCACAAUGUUCGAUAAUGUUAUUGAUGCUACAAUGAGAUUCUUCGACACAAAUCCUGGAGGAAGAAUUCUUAAUAGAUUUUCUAAGGAUUUGGGGGCUGUCGAUGAAUUAUUGCCGAAAGCAAUAAUGGACUCUUCACAGAUUCUACUGUCUAUGUUUGGAUCUCUCACGCUGAUUAUUGUAGUUAAUCCUUACUUCUUAAUUUUAGUUGCAAUUUUAACUAUAGUGUUUGGCAUAAUGAGACAUAUAUAUCUGAAAUCUUCUAAGAAUAUUAAAAGAUUAGAAGGAAUAAUGAGAAGCCCAGUUUUUUCACAUUUAAAAGCUACAAUUGAAGGUCUGACAACUAUAAGAGCUUUUGGAGCGCAAAACCAGCUUAUGGACGAAUUUGAUCAUCAUCAAGAUUAUCAUUCAAGUGCAUGGUAUAUGUUUAUAGUGGCCAGUACUGCAUUUGGAUUUUACUUGGACUGCUUCUGUACAAUAUUUUUGGCAGUACUAACUUUUUGUUUAUUGUUAUUCGGAGAAAGUUUUAAUUUAAAAGGAGGUGAAGUAGGUUUGGCUAUUACUCAAGCAACAGCACUAGCAAACUUCCUACAAUGGGGUAUGCGCCAAUCUGCCGAAGUAACCAAUCAACUUAUGAGUGUAGAAAGAAUAUUAGAAUACAAAAGUUUAGAAAAAGAACCACAACCAGUCGUACCUAAGAAACCUGCCAAGGAAUGGCCACAAAAAGGAGAAAUCACUUUUAAAGAUACAUGCUUGAAAUACUUUGAAGAAGGACCAUUAGUUUUGAAACAUCUUAACCUAACCAUUCAACCCAAGGAGAAGGUUGGAGUUGUCGGCAGAACAGGUGCAGGAAAAUCUUCCUUAAUUCAAGCGCUUUUUAGAUUGGCUCCAAUUGAAGGAACCAUUAAAAUCGAUGAGAUCGACACCAAAGAUAUUACUCUCAACGAUCUCCGUUUGAAAAUCUCUAUUAUUCCACAAGACCCAGUUCUAUUUUCUGGAACUUUAAGGUACAACUUGGACCCGUUCGAAGAAUAUUCAGACGAAGUUUUAUAUAGAGCUAUAGAAGAUGUAGAGUUACGAGAUCCUGCUAAUGUAAUUAACCGAUUGGAAAAUAGAGUCAUGGAUAGAGGUUCAAAUUACAGUGUUGGACAAAGACAGUUAAUUUGCUUGGCGAGAGCAAUUCUUAAAAAUAAUAAAGUUUUAAUGUUAGAUGAAGCUACAGCUAAUGUGGAUCCACAAACUGAUGCUUUAAUCCAGAAAACUAUCCGGAAGAAGUUCUCAGACUGCACUGUGAUAACCGUUGCACAUAGACUAAACACAAUCAUGGAUUCUGAUAAAGUAUUAGUUAUGGAUGCUGGACAAAUAUCUGAGUUUGAUCACCCUCACCUACUUCUUCAAAAUAAAAAUGGAGUUUUCUACAGCAUGGUUAAUGAAACCGGCAGAGCAACAGCUGAACAGCUAAGAAAAAUUGCUUCAGAUAGUUAUCAAAAACUACAAGCACUACCAGAAUAA